AUGAUGUAAUGAGCAUCAACCUACUGCACAUAUAAAAUGGAGGUUAAGGGAGAUAAUUUGGAGCCACAAACCAUCUUAACAUAUGAUUUGGCUCUUUAAUUUUUUAGUUAACAAUUAAUCCCAAUCACCUCUCCUGCUUCACCUCUUUCCCCCUUUCUUUUUGUGUAUAUAAAAUAACGUCUCUCUCAAUAAACUCAGAUCACUAAGAACACUUCACCCGCCCUAUUCGAUCAGAAAGCCAUGAUGAUGGACGACGAAAUCCUCCCUGAUUUUGACUUUGGUCGGUACAGUGGCUAUAGCACCACCACAACCACCACCACCCCGUCCUCCGACGAUGACCAUGCUGCCACGUGGAACGGAAGUUCGCCGCUGGUGGACUGGGAAUUUUUCUCCGGCGACGAUGAGUUUGGCGAUCUUAUUGAUUCCAUGAUGGAUGGGCAGGCGGCGAACGCCGUGGGUUUGACUUUUCCGGCCAUCCCGACGGUUGUGGAGGUGGAGGAGGAGGAGGAGGAGGAGGAGGAGUAUAAUAUUGUGGAGGAUACGAAAGGGUUGAGGCUCGUACACCUCCUCAUGGCGGCGGCGGAGGCGCUCACCGGCUUGAACAAGAGCCGCGAGUUGGCUCGCGUGAUAUUGGUUCGGCUCAAGGAAUUGGCUUCCCCUCGCGACGGCACCAACAUGGAGCGGCUCGCGGCUUACUUCACCGACGCCCUCCAGGCGUUACUCGACGGCGCCGGAAGCCUUCACGCCAAGAGUUUCCCGGCGAGCAAAGACGACCACCCUCACGGCGACGCCCUGGCGGCGUUCCAGCUCUUACAGGACAUGUCCCCCUACGUGAAAUUCGGCCACUUCACCGCGAAUCAAGCGAUUCUCGAGGCCGUUACGCACGACCGGAGAGUCCAUAUCGUCGAUUACGAUAUAAUGGAAGGGAUCCAAUGGGCUUCUCUAAUGCAAGCUCUAAUUUCCCGACAAGACGGCCUCCCGGCCCCACAUCUCCGGAUCACCGCAUUGUCGCGCGGCGGCGGCUCCGGCCGCCGCUCCUUCUGCUCGGUACAGGAAACCGGCCGCCGCCUCACCGCCUUCGCGGCGUCGAUCGGGCAGCCGUUUUCGUUCCACCAGUGCCGGCUCGACUCCGACGAGACGUUCAAGCCGUCGGCGCUGAAAUUGGUCAGGGGAGAAGCCAUCAUCGUCAACUGUAUGCUCCACCUCCCCCAUUUCAGCUACCGGUCGCCGGAUUCCAUCGCCUCGUUCCUCUCCGGCUCGGCAACGCUAAACCCGCGGCUGGUGACGCUGGUGGAGGAGGAGGCGGCGCCGCCGCGGGACGGCGGGUUCGUGGACCGGUUCAUGGACACUUUACACCACUACUCUGCUCUAUACGAUUCCCUGGAAGCGGGUUUUCCGAUGCAAGAUCAGGCCAGGACGUUAGUUGAGCGCGUGUUCUUGGGGCCGAAGAUAUCGGUGGCCAUAACCCGGAGUUAUCGGUGUCGGGGAGAGGAGUACGGGUGGUCGUGGGGAGAGUGGGUGCCGGAAAACGCAGGGUUCCGGCCAAAAACCAUAAGCUUUGCGAAUCGUUGUCAGGCGAAAUUGUUGCUGGGGCUGUUUAACGAUGGGUACAGAAUUGAAGAAAUUGGAAAUCAUAAACUGAUUUUAGGGUGGAAAUCCAGGCGCCUUCUCUCUGCUUCUAUCUGGACCUCUGUUCAUUCUGAUCUCUGAAUUCUUCAAUUCCAUUUUCACAAUUUGUUUUUGUUCAUAAACUGAUUUUAGGGUCCAAAAUCAGUCUGUUAAUGUCCACUAAGUGAGUGUCAAGUGGGCAUGAAAUCAAAGUUAUCCAUUUUACU